AGAUGGCAGCCGUUCGCCGUUAGGUUGAUAGCAGACGCUGAGGCGCAGUCCUAUUCCCGACCACCGCAUCAUUUUGGGUUUAACGUAAAUUAUCGGGGGAAACGAAUUCAUCAAUUUAAUCAAAAAGCGUGAAGGAGGAUCAGCAAACAUGUUUUACACCUGCGGUCCCAAUGAAGCCAUGGUGGUGUCAGGCUUCUGUCGCUCUCCUCCGCUGAUGAUCGCUGGAGGCCGAGUUUUUGUCUUCCCGUGCAUUCAGCAGAUACAGAGGAUUUCUCUGAACACUCUGACUCUGAACGUGAAGAGCGAUAAGGUCUACACUCGUCACGGCGUGCCCAUCUCUGUCACAGGGAUCGCUCAGAUGAAGAUCCAGGGUCAGAAUAAACAGAUGUUGGCUGCAGCCUGCCAGAUGUUUAUGGGAAAGUCAGAGCAUGAAAUCGCUCAGAUCGCAUUGGAAACUCUUGAGGGACACCAGCGGGCCAUCAUCGCCCACCUGACUGUGGAGGAAAUCUACAAAGAUCGAAAAAAGUUUUCAGAGCAGGUUUUCAAAGUGGCUUCUUCUGACCUGGUUAACAUGGGGAUCAGCGUGGUCAGCUACACCCUCAAGGACGUCCAUGACGACCAGGAUUAUCUGCACUCGCUGGGUAAGGCUCGAACAGCACAGGUGCAGAAAGACGCUCGCAUUGGAGAAGCUCUGAACAAGAGGGAUGCUGUGAUCCGGGAGGCUCACGCCAUGCAGGAGAAAAUAUCAGCUCAGUACAAGAAUGACAUUGAAAUGGCGAAAGCCCAAAGAGACUAUGAGCUGAAAAAGGCAGCGUAUGAUAUUGAAGUGAACACUAAGAAGGCGGAGUCAGAGAUGGCCUAUCAGCUGCAGGUUGCAAAGACAAAGCAGCGCAUCGAGGAGGAGAGAAUGCAGGUCCAGGUUGUUGAGCGGAGCCAGCAGAUCUUUCUGCAGGAUCAGGAGAUCACCCGCAAGGAGAAGGAGCUGGAGGCCAAAGUGAAGAAACCUGCAGAGGCUGAGCGCUACCGCCAGGAGAAGCUGGCUGAAGCUCAGCGUCUGAAGAUGAUUAUGGAGGCAGAAGCUGAGGCCGAGUCUAUAAGGAUUAAAGGCGAAGCUGAGGCGUACGCCAUUGAGGCAAUGGGCCGCGCGGAGGCGGAGCAGAUGGCGAAGAAGGCGGAGGCCUUCCAGCAAUAUAAGGAUGGAGCCAUGGUGGACAUGCUGAUGGAGAAGCUGCCUCUGAUGGCAGAGGAGAUCAGCAAGCCUCUGAGUCAAGCCCACAAGAUCACCAUGGUGUCCAGCGGAGCCGGGGAAAUCGGCGCCGCAAAACUGUCAGGAGAGGUGCUGGACAUCAUGACCCGCCUUCCCGAAGCCGUGGAGAAGCUGACGGGAGUCAACAUCUCUCUGGUGACUUCUCGUACCGGCUGAAGAGAAUCAACUGAAACCAGGAACUGAAGUGCGCAGACAGAUCUAUAUUUCCAUCGUCUUAGCCGCUCCACAUUCUCCCCUGUCUUUCUUCUUCUGUGCAGCUGUAUACCUCAGGUGUUUUCUGUCUUGUCGUUGUAAGAGUCACGCUCUCCUCUCAUGGGUUCAUGAGCUUUUCUUUCUAAAAGUCUGGCAAUGUCAGUGUUGAUGCUGCAGUCUUUUCCCUUUUGUUUCCCUGGUCAGAAACACCUUCACCGUUUAUGUAAACGUUCAACACAAAGUAUUUAAAUGACAAUAUUUUAACUCCUGUCUACGUUACUCAUCUAAGUCAGAUUGAAAUCCACCAAAGUCGAGCGUUUUCCCUCCUUUUUUACUGUGUACUUGCAGCAAACUGAGGUUUUUUUUCCUCACUACUGUCUGUUUACAUUUAAUGUUUCCAUGACUGCCUGUCCGCUGCCUUGCUGCCAAACCUUAAGUGCAUCUUAGCAUGAACAUGUAAUCUAAACAUGAAUACAAAACUGUCUUUUAGUAAUCCUACUGACAUGUCUAGAAAAAUAGUUUUUGCUUUGUGCAGAAAUGGAAGAGAGGAUAAAAUGUACGGUAGGAUUCAGCUCUUUACGCCGUCUGCAUUUCCAGAUGCUCUUUUUAUCUGUUACACUUUUUGCUCCAGGAUCUUUAGCUGAACAGUUGCACCGAGAACUUGUGCCCCAAAACUAUGCCGCUCUUUAAUAUGUUAAAGUAUAUAAUGCAUGUUCAUCAACUGAAACAGCUUUAGUGUUCGUGACACUUGGUUUUUUCAUUUUAAUUUGAGCUAUUUGCAUUUUCCAGACAGAUUUUCCUCAUUGAUGACUUUUCCGUCCUUCAGAAAGGCAUCACUAUACUGAGAAGUCUUGUGUUAUUUUUCCCUGGUACUGUAGCAGCUCUGAGGCAGAUCUAACGUGUGAAACCAAAGAUGAAGGAUGAAGAUGGACUUGUGUAGUUGUUUUGAGAGAACUGAAACAAACUUAGUCGCCACAAAGAAAAGAAAAAACUAAAUGCUUGAAGAUAGUUUUGCUUCAGGGAAGUUUAAAUCUAAAAAUGGAUGGUCAUUAUCAGGAAUCCCUCUCACCAUCCUUGCUAUACCAGCCAUUAAAAUGUUCUCAGUUUUCUCUGCAUUACCUUAAAUAAUUCACAAAAUGUGUUCAAGCUAAAGUUCCUCAAUGCAGCCGACACUGAUUCAUCUGCUGGUUGUGGUGUUUAAUUUGGCUCUGUCGCUGUAAAUGAUCCUGUCUUGUGUUACACAUCAGAACUCCACUUUUUAUUCUAUUACGUGAAAUAGUUUUUAGAAAAUGUAUAAAUGCAUGAAAAUGUGCUUUAAAACAAAAGAACCUCACUAUUGAAAUGACAAUAUCUUUCCUUCAUAUUUUUUUUUCUUUUAACCACAUGAAAGUUCAAAGUUUAUGCUUGAAUUCUUGUAACUUUUUCUUGUUUCCUUCACCAUUUUUGUCUACCUGUUGGACAAUUAGCAGUGCUGGUAACAGUACAGCUAGAGGGACUGAAAUGCAGGAAUAAAGGGUUUAUUUAAAGAUAAGCUUUGCUGUUACACACGCAUCAGCACCUGUCACACUUGAAAUAGCAACGGGAUUUUAUUUCCGAGCAGGACCAGACUGUGGUGCUGUGGUUUUGUCAAAGUAAGAAAUAUCUUGUUUGCUGCUUCUAGAAAGAAAAUAGAUAUCAUUGUGCUUCUGUUAUGUUUUUAGUGCAGUGGUACUAAAGUGAUACUAUUUAUGACGUGUAUGAUGCACUAUACAUUUGAUAUUUAUCUUAGGAUUGACUGUAUCAGGAGUAACACUAACAGCACUACUAAUCCAAGAGAAUCCUCUGUGUAUCAGCAGAAAUGUGUAAAAGUCUGAAAGUUAGAGACUUUUUGUUAUUGUAAACACUGGUGUCAGCUAUUCUUUUGUUUAAACACUAGGGGCCGUUUAGUCGUGUUUAUCCAUUGUCGGUGAAACGCGGAGGCAUUGUCUUUCAAAAAGAUUGCAACUACUUUCAUGUACACACAAUAUAUGUAUUAAAUCCUAAACCAAGA